AGAAGAAGAAAAAAGUUUUAUUUUUUAAUUGAUUGUCAUCAUGAGCGAUCUAGAUGAAUCCUUCGAGGCAGAUUACAAUCCACCUUCUUCCGUGUUCUCUUCGCCACCGCAUGAAUACGAGGCUUAUGCGGCAGUUUCUGGUUUUGGUGAAAGCGAUGUGAAUUCACUGGAAGGAAGCGAAACAGAAGAAGCGGGUGCUGACGAUGCGCAAUUAGAGAAGACAGCCAAGACGAUCUACUUAACGCAGCAUCCGGGCAUUGCACAAAAGGAACUCGGUGGACGUGAGAUCGGAAAGAAUGAGGCGAUAUGGCGCGUUUCUUCCUUUCGGUCGGAUUGGGGACCUGAGAACUUGCGAGAUAAUAAUCCAUGGACUUAUUGGCAGUCGAAUUGUCCGGAUCCCAGAAAGAAUCAUACAAUUGAUGUGAUAUUUCAUCAGGCUACACUCAUUAGACAAGUGUCAUUGUUUCUUGACUUUUUUCAGGAUGAGAGUUAUACACCAAGGACUAUCUGUAUUCGUUGUGGCACAUCACGACGAGAUCUACUCGAUUUGAUGACGAUUGAAUGCGAGCAAGAUUUUGUUGGAUGGUUAAAUGCGGAUAUUAUGUCAAAAAAUGAUGGAGAACCAUUUCGAUUAUGGUUUUUACAGAUUGCGAUAUUGAAUACACAUUCAAAUGGACGCGACACACAUAUUCGACAAAUCAAGGUGUUUGCUUCUUAAAGGGCCUUUUGUUUGUUGUUUCUGUCAAUUUAAAGGAUGACAAGAGAGACAUACAAAUGACGAAUAAAAACAAGAUGCUACCCUAAAUAAAGAGAGUGUGUGCUACUACUUAUAUGCGUGUUUAUGACGUCCAUUUUAAGCUAUCUAAUAAUUUAUAUAUUUCGGCUACAGAUCAUUGAUUUGGUCCUUUUUUUUUUUUUUUUUUGUUUGCUUAAAAUAUGAUAU